AUGCUGCUUCUGUUGACUAGUAAACAUUAUAUGGCAGAGAGCGCCUUCGAAGCACCAGUCUUCCCUGCCUGGGAGAAAAAUUAUGGCCGGGCACGGUGGCUCACACCUGUAAUCCCAGCACUUUGGGAGGCCAAGGCAGGCGGCAGGUCACCUGAGGUCAGGAGUUUGAGACCAGCCUGGCCAACAUGGCGAAACCCCCUGAGCUGGGCAUGGUGGCAGGCGCCUAUAAUCCCAGCGACCCAGGAGGCUGAGGCAGGAGGAUCACUUGAACUC